CAUGCGCACUUCAUCAUUGACUAAACUGCAACUUCGCUGUGACAACUUAAACGCUCUAAUAUUUUUUAAUGGAAGUUUGGCACACACGCGCUGUAGUACACCGAUGAUUCUUUACUUGUAACGGAAGUAUAAACACAAAAUUUGUGUUUUGAAAGAAGUGAUUCGGGUGUUUUUUUUGUUGGCGCAGCAGGAUUAUGGUCGCUGGAGGACUUCAAUAACGUUUGUUGUGUACAGGAGAAAGUGAACCAACAACACACACACACACACACACACACACACACAUGGUGAGGAGACCAUGUGGUGGUUCCAACAGGGUCUGUGCUUCCUGCCAGCUGCUCUGGUCAUCUGGACAGCGGCGUCUUUCGUCUUCGCUUAUAUCACAGCGGUGUUGCUGAGACAUGUGGAUCCUCUGGUGCCGUACAUCAGCGACACAGGAACAAUGGCACCAGAGAGGUGUGUGUUUGGCAUCAUGUUGGAUGUGUCAGCUUUUUUAGGUAUGGCAACGGUGUACGUGCGUUACAAACAGGUGCAGGCUCUGACAGGUGUGGACAAUGUCAGACUCCACAGACUCAACAGCUUCGGGCUGCUGCUCGGCGUGAUCAGCUCCUUCGGGAUGUGCGUGGUCGCCAACUUCCAGAAGACCACACUGUUCUCCAUGCACCUGGUGGGGGCGGUACUGACCUUCGGAGUCGGGGCUCUCUACAUCCUGGUUCAGACGCUGCUCUCGCUCAACAUGCAGCCUCACGUCCACAGCAAGGCCAUCUACCUGGUCCGCCUCGGCAUCGGAGUCUGGACACUGUGCAGCAUCAUCAGCAUGUUCAUAUCAUCAGUCAUCAUGUACAGCAGUCUGCCAGGAGUGGACGUAGCUCACAAACUACACUGGAUUCCUGGAGAGAUGGGUUACACGGCUCACAUCAUCAGCACCGUGUCUGAAUGGUCACUGGCCUUUUCCUUCAUCAGCUUCUUCCUCACCUACAUCAGAGAUUUUCAGAAAAUUAACUUGCGAGCAGAGGUGGAUUUGCAGAGCAGCCACCUGUAUGACUGGCCACAUGGAGGUGUUGUCGCAUCACAUCAUCUCAAACGUGAGGCCAACGAGUCCUCUCCACUGCUGGCAGGAGGAACGUGACCAGCAGCAGCCGCUUUUACACCAAUUUUCACUUUUUCUAAACUUGUUUAAAAGCUUUUUAUAGAGAAUUUCUAAAAGCUGUGGCAGCUCUUAAAGGGUCAGUUCACCAAAACAUAUCAUCUGUCCUUCCUCUUGUGGUGUCUAUCAAGACAGAUAGUUGUGGAUUUAUUUCAUAUCUGCAUCAAAAAAGGAGAAAGUUUUCAUAGUGAAAUUCCAUUCAGAUCCUCUGUACUGGGGUGCAGAUAUCUCCAAACCUGAACAUCUAAAACCAAAACUAUGUGAUUGUGCCACUAGAGGUAAGGGUUUUUAUUUCAUAUUUUAUCAUUUGGAUGAACUAACCAUGUAAAUCCAAAUGUAAUGCUUUUGGACUUUUCCCUCCAACUAUAUCGCUCCUUCUCAGUGACUUGUUCCACAAGCUGCACUUUAUAUCAUUUAAUUUUGAAGAGCUUUCACUGCCGUUAUAAACACCACCUGCUUUUUGUUCUAUCACGUGUCUGUGAAGCCCGCCGAGCUUCAUUUGGUGGAAAUAAAACAAUAACUUUAGAAUCAUGUUUAAAUGUCAGCUAAUGCAUUGAUUAACUCUGAAGGGGAAACACUCAGGAGCGCUGAGUUUAGUCUGUCAAGUUCAGCAGACAAGAUGCUUUAAUAUUUUAACUGUUUCUGACCAGUUAUAAGUCUGCUUUUAUUCCUUGUUUACGAGGGUGUUUGUAAGACUUACACUUUUUUUUUUUAAGAGUUCCCCAUUUUUAUUGAUGUGGGGGAAGUAGAACUGACGAUAAGUGAACAGCUCCCCCUGCUGGAGAAUCAGAAGUGAGUUUGUGCUAACCUGAAGUGUCUGCCACCAGAAAAAUUAUACAUUUUUACAGUGUUUUAAUCAUAAUUGAUUCAUAAAUUAAAAUUUUAAUUUUAAUAUGGAUUUGAAACAUACAUUUAAAUUUUUUAUUUUACAUUUAAUUAUUUAAUUUACUAAUGUAUGUGUUUCAUCUUUAUCUCACCAAGGAAUUUGUUUUCUUUCUGUAACAUCUUGUAAACAAAGUUUGCAUUCAUUGCUACAUCGUUUACAUCUGUGUUUACUAGCUAACAGUCCUUUUCUUCACUGCCUUUGUUGGCAAAUUACUGCCACCAACUAUCAGGGGAACAGCACUAAACUAGCUACAGGAAUUUUAUCACAUUGCAGCAAAACGAGGACACACUCAUAAAAACAUCUCUAUAUGGUCACAAACACCUUUAAUUUAAAGCAGCUGUUGAGUUUGAAGAGGUGAGGCAGAAGAGCUCUUCUUGGUCAGAUUUCUCUCAACACACAAUAGUUGCGUUUUAAUCAUAUCAUUCAUAAAUAGAACUGUCUUUAAAUUAAAUCUCUCAGCAUUUUUAAAUUGACAAAUCUAUUAUCAGGAAAACAGUCUUAAUUUUUCUGAUGGCACACUUCAGACUGUACAGGACCUGCCGUCAAUUAACUGAGAACAAACUGUAUCUACAAAUAAACAUUAAUUAAUCAGAUAAAACCUACUUACCCUAAAUUGUGUAUAUUAUACUGUUUGCUGCAAAUAAAAAUGUAUUUCUUGUU